AUGAAGGCUCUAUCAGACAUCACCAUGUGGAGAGAUUUUGCUUCAGCGAAUUCGGCAUUCUCCAUGAUCAACUCACUAGAAAAAUUCGACUUCAUAAUUGCCCUCUACACUCUAGCUGACGUCUUGACCAUCACCCAGGCCAUUGCCAGGAGCAUUCAAGCGGAGGACAUGGAUUUAGUCUCUGUGUUUGAGCAACUCCACACAUUGAGAGCAACAUUGGGAACGUGGCGUCGAGAGGCGGAGACUGCUUUCUGGAAAAUCUUUUUAGAAGCUGCAGAAAAGGCUGAACUUCUUGGGAUUGUCGUGAAGCUACCUGGGACUUCUCAACAAACCAAGCGUUUCAAUGCUCCAUCGGCAUGCUCAGAGGAAUAUUAUCGACGUGCUUUGUUGAUCCCGUUUCUUGAUGGUAUCCUGAUGGACUUAUCAAGUCGAUUCGAUAUCCGUAUCGCGAAUUUCAGCCGGAAAUCCCAUGCAUGUGUUCCUUCCCCCCAGGUGGUUUUGCUGCUUUUGGAUUAUCUGGCGUUCCCGACCAGCACUUUGUACAAGGUGGAGGCGAUGGAUGAAAUCCCGUCACCAGCCUUCACGAUCUGCCCCAGAAAUGCCAUCAGCAAGUAUGGGAUGCAACAGGUCAUGGUGCGGCCCGGGAAUUCUUUCAUUCCGACGAAUUAUGCAAAAAAGAGCACUCAAUUCGAAGAGGUUCGCCUCACACUCGAUGAGAUAUUGGGGAAUAAGAACGAGUGGAAACGGAGUAGGUCUCAUAUUGAAGUCUAUGUCCACGAGCAGGAGGAACCGUAUUCAUCACUACCAGUUUUUGAUGCAUAUCAGACAGUGAUGUUCAAUGAUUCAAUGGCAGAACUCCUCAUCUCAUACAGCGUUGUGGAAUUCCAAGACAAGAAGGAAUUUCCCUGCAGUAGCGAACCGGAUCAUAGCUACGUGAAAUGCAUGGAGGAAUGUUUCUUCGAGAAGCUACUUGCCGAUAAUGAAACCACAUGCGUCAUUGAAAUCCUUCUUCCACCCUGGAAGAAUCUGACGACAUCGAAACAACAUUGCACAUUCGACAGAGAGGAACGUUUCAUCAAAGGAUUUUCCAAUGGAAGUGCCGGUUAUUAUGAGGGCUGCGAGUGCAAGAGGCGUUGCAAGGUUAAGAAGUACUCAAUCGCAUUUCACGCCACACCAGCUUGUGAGAGCUUGGACGAUCCAACGUUGUUCUUCACCGUCAUCUCCAAACAGAUCGAGAUCUUCAUGGAGCAGCCAGCCAUGUCCUUCCUGGAAUUCAUUUCAAAUGUUGGAGGCAUAGUGGGGAUGUUUCUGGGAAUCUCUGUUCUCAGCGUUUAUGACAUCAUUGAACGAAGCUCCCUAAGGAUCUACAAACGCCUAGCGAAACGCUAA